CAGCGGGUCGGCGCGCCUGAAUGGCUGGCCGACUGGCGGAGCCGGCGACGCCCGUGGUAAAUGGCGCUGGUGGCGGGAAAGUUGAGUGCCAGGUUCGCCGAGCCUUCGGGGCGAUGUCUAACGACUACUAUAGGGCGGAGUCUGGGACGGAGCUCCUCGCCCGGCUCGAAGGUAGAAGGUCCCUGAAAGAAAUGGAACCGUGUCUGUUUGCAGAUGAAGACUCCCCUGUGCACGGUGAUAUUCUUGAAUUUCAUGGUCCAGAAGGAACAGGAAAAACAGAAAUGCUGUAUCAUGUAACAGCACGAUGUAUCCUUCCAAAAGCAGAAGGUGGACUGGAAAUAGAAGUCUUAUUUAUUGACACAGAUUACCACUUUGAUAUGCUUCGGCUCGUUACAAUCCUGGAGCAUAGACUGGCGCAGAGUUCUGAAGAGAUAAUCAAGUGUUGCCUCGGAAGGUUUUUCUUGGUGCACUGCAGUAGCAGCUCCCAGUUGCUGCUGACACUUUACUCCCUAGAAACGAUGUUCUGCAGCCGCCCCUCUCUUUGUCUCUUGAUCGUGGAUAGCUUGUCAGCUUUCUACUGGAUAGACCGCGCCAACGGCGGGGGGAGCGUGGGCCUGCAGGAGGCCCCUCUGAAGAAGUGUUCUCAGGUCCUAGAGAGACUAGUGCAGGAGUACCGCCUGGUCCUCCUGGCGACCACGCAGAGUAUAAUGCAGAAACCCUCCGACCCUGGCGAAGGCCCCCCCUCGGCCUCCCGCCGCCCGGGGGACUGGGACGUGGGUGUCGACUACAGGCCCUACCUCUGCGAGGCCUGGCGACGGCUGGUGACGCGCAGGGUCUUCUUCUCCAAAGACAGUGCUAAAGCCACAAACCAGUUCUCUUUACUUUCACGUCAUUUAAAGAGUAACAGUGUAAAGAAGCACUUUUUUAUUAUUGGAGAAAGUGGGGUUGAAUUUUGUUGAUAUGUGUCGAAAUAGUCUUGUAGGACUUUAUGCAAGUUUUAAAAAGUCGGUAAUAGCCCUGGCUGGGUUAGCUCAGUGGAUUGAGCUUGGGUCUGGGAAUCAAUCAACCAGGGUUCGAUUCCCAGUCAGGGCACAUGUCUGGGUUGCAGGCUGGGUCCCAACACGUGAGAGGCAACCAUACAUUGAUAUUUCUCUCCCUCUCUCCUUCCCUUCCCCUCUAAAGAUAAGUAAAUAAAUAAAUCUUAAAAAAAAAGUCAGUAAUAGGCUAAAGCGAUUCAGUUCUGAAGUUCUUAACUCCGAGGGGAUUACCAGUAUUUCUACCCAGAGUGGGUUUCUCACACCAGCACGGAGACACCUUUCCAGCACGGAGACACCUUUGAGUACCUGCUCCCGGUGGUCGGAGACUCAGCAAAGUAACACUGACAGUUAAGCCGUAUGUUAAGCUUGCUUUAAAAUGAAAUAAAUCCUAUACUCAUUUUAGCCUAAAUAAAAUGGACUUUUUUUUUUAACUUGGUGUCACAUUUCUGGAAUCCAGUGAUGUGUUUAGGAAAGGUUGCACUUCU